AGUAGAAGUUUUCUUUUGGGAGUUAGGCAUGAGGAAGGAGGGAGCGGUGGGGAGAUACAAAAGGGCGACAGCGCCGCUGGACGAGACAGCCAGGGCGCGGCUUUGGGAUUCGGCAGGAGGCGAGCCGGCCGAGGAGUCCCCCGACUCGGCAGACGAGCUGGCCGACCUCGUUGACUCGUUCUAUGACGUCGAGGAGGAUCCGGAAGCGAGGGACGGCCGAAAGCGACGAUCAAAUGGGAGUAGGUUGAGGUCGUGGAGGGAGGAGGGGCUCCGGGGCGGAGACUGGUGGCGCUCGCUCGAGGCCGUGCUGGGCGAGUCGGAGGGAGACUCGAUGUCGGGUCGGAUUCGAGCAACGGCGGAAGGGGCCCUCGAGGUGGUCGGGUCUACGAAGGGGGCUAAAAGAAGGGUCGUCAGUUUGCUCCGAAAGAAAGGGUUGGAUGCUGGGCUCUGCAAGUCCUCAUGGGAGAGAGCUGACAGAGUCCCUGGCGGCUACCACGAGUACAUCGACGUGAUCACCAGGGGCGGCGCCCGCUACAUCGUGGACAUCAAUCUUGCCGCAGAAUUCGAGAUCGCCAGGCCGACCACCGACUACGUGAUGCUCCUCCGCGUCCUUCCGGCGGUGUUUGUCGGCAGCCGAGACUUGCUUGAGCGCGUCGUGAAUCUGAUGUGCGCCGCCGCAGCGGAGUCCAUCAGAGGCGCGGGCAUGCAAGUGCCGCCGUGGAGGCGGAGGGAGUAUGUGCGAGCAAAAUGGUUCAGCUCCUACGGGAGGACCACCGGCGGCGUGCUCGCAGAGAAGGGUGCCGUUUGGGUCGCGGGAGAGGCGGCAGGGGUCUCGUGUUGGUGGUGGGAAGCUGUGUAGGGUAGAUGCUGCUGGGUGCAGGGAGAUGCCGGUGAGCAGGGAAAACGUGGCCAUGGCACGAAGGGGCAUGCAGAGACAGUGCGGCAUUUAGUGUCGGAUGCUAAUCUCUUUAAUGAAAGACAAGAACACCUUCGACCUGAAAUGAUGUAAC